AUGGCGUUCAGGGCCUGCCUCCCGUCCCACAAGGCCUCGCCGUCGCCUUCCGUCGCGCAGAGGAGGGCCGGCAAUGGGGCACCGCCGGUGGUGGUCAUGGCCUCCACCAUGAACGAGGUCAAAACUGCCAAAAAGCCCUAUGCUCCCCCACGCGAGGUGCAUCUCCAAGUCAUGCAUUCGCUACCAGCACAAAAGCAGGAGAUCUUUGAUUCACUUCAAUCUUGGGCUAGGGACAACCUAUUGAACCUUCUGAAGCCAGUUGAGAAGUCAUGGCAGCCACAGGACUUCCUACCAGACCCUUCUUCCGAGGGAUUUUAUGAUGAAGUAAAAGAACUGAGGGAGCGGGCAAAGGAAAUCCCUGAUGACUACUUUGUUUGCCUAGUUGGUGACAUGGUUACUGAGGAAGCCCUUCCUACGUACCAAACAAUGCUCAACACCCUUGAUGGUGUCCGAGAUGAAACUGGCGCAAGCCCAACUGCCUGGGCUGUUUGGACAAGAGCAUGGACUGCUGAAGAAAACAGGCACGGUGAUCUUCUGAACAAGUACAUGUACCUUUCCGGACGGGUUGACAUGAGACAAAUUGAGAAGACUAUACAGUACCUUAUUGGUUCUGGAAUGGAUCCAGGAACUGAGAACAAUCCCUACAUGGGUUUCCUUUACACAUCAUUCCAAGAGAGAGCUACUUUCAUAUCCCAUGGCAAUACUGCUAGGCAUGCCAAGCAAUUUGGGGACCUCAAACUGGCCCAGAUAUGUGGUACAAUAGCAGCUGAUGAGAAGCGCCAUGAGACGGCUUACACCAAGAUAGUUGAAAAGCUUUUUGAAAUAGAUCCUGACUACACGGUGCUUGCAUUUGCUGACAUGAUGAGGAAGAAAAUCUCAAUGCCUGCUCAUCUCAUGUACGAUGGUGAGGACGACAACCUAUUCGAGCACUUCAGCUUGGUGGCGCAGCGGCUUGGGGUCUACACAGCGAAAGACUACGCCGACAUCCUCGAGUUCUUGGUCCAGAGGUGGAAAGUUGCAGAUCUCACUGGACUGUCCGGUGAAGGAAGGCGGUCGCAGGACUAUGUUUGCACUUUGGCAACGAGAUUCAGGCGGCUGGACGAAAGAGCGCAGGCAAGGGCGAAACAGGGGCCUGUGGUUCCAUUCAGCUGGGUCUACGACCGCAAAGUGCAGCUCUAA